AUGCCACAAGAUCAAACUGUACAGAUCUCGCCGUUCCCAGGCGGACAUGAGCCCCAGCUCGACAAAGCGCCAGAAGGCACGUCGGCCUAUCAGGUCGACGAGAAGCCCAUCGGCUCCGGCAGGCGCAUCCGAAUCGUCGGAAUCGGCGCCGGGGCCAGUGGCAUCAACAUGAUACGAACCCUCCGACUCAACCUCUCCGACUACGAGCUCGUAAUUUACGAAAAGAACGAGGACGUCGGCGGCACAUGGUUCGAGAACCGCUAUCCAGGAUGCCGGUGUGAUGUUCCGAGCCACAGCUAUCAGUUCUCGUGGCGGCCGAAUCACGAAUGGACCAACUUCUUCUCCCCAGCGAAAGAAAUAAGGAAUUAUCUCUGCCGAGUCUGCGAUGAGGAGGGCAUGAGGGACACCAUCAAGACCAACCACCGAGUAACUGCCGCGAAGUGGAACGAGAGCCAGGGGUCUUGGGAGUUGAGAGUUCAUAACUCGGAGACUGACCAAGAGUUCGUCGACCACGCCAACUUUCUCGUGGACGGGACUGGCAUUCUGAACAACUGGGCCUGGCCUGACGUCCCCGAUCUCCAUACUUUUAAGGGGCAGCUGAUACAUACUGCGCGCUGGCCGGAGGAAUUUGAUCCCACAGGUAAAACGGUUGCGCUCAUUGGCAAUGGCUCGACGGGUGUCCAAUUGCUGCCGGAGAUCCAGCCGGGGGUCGAGAAGUUGUACCACAUCGUACGGACCCCAACCUGGGUCGUACCUCCCCGGAUACAAACCAUGAUCUUCACGGGGAAGGCCAAGGAUGUCUUAAGCCGCAUCGACCUCGACGACAAGGAAAAUUUCUCACAGGAGACGAUCGAGAAGUUCAAGGCCGACCCUGUCUUCUAUCGCGCCUUUGUCAAGGGUAUUGAGGAAGAAAUCAACGGCACUUUCCCUACUAUGCUCAAAGACGGGCCAGUUCAGAAGUUUGCACGCGAAAAGGUUGUUGAAUACAUGACUGCCAUGUUGGGCCAGGACGACAAGCUUUGUAAAGCAUUGAUUCCGACAUUUCCCCUCGGCUGCAGGAGAAUCACUCCUGCGCCAGGGUAUCUGCAAGCCCUGACAAAGCCCAACGUUGAGAUCGUGACCGAGGGAAUGAAGCGAAUUGUACCCGAGGGGAUCGAACUUGAGUCGGGGCAGGUCAUAAAGGUAGAUGCCAUCAUCUGCGCGACUGGAUUCAACCUAUCCUUCCGCCCGAGAUUUCCUCUGGUCGGCCGCCAGGGGAAUCUGCAGGACAUCUGGGACAAGCAGCUCCCCAAGGCUUAUAUGUCCUGUGCUGUUGCCGGGUUACCGAAUUAUUUCACCUUUCUCGGACCAAACGCACCUAUUGGGCACGGCAGCGUCUUCACCCUAAGCGAGCACAUUGCCAAGUAUAUCACGGGCAUCAUCAAAAAGUGCCAGGUAGAGAGCAUCAAGGCGAUCGCGCCGUCGCAGGCCGCCAUCGACGACUACUUCGAGCACAUCACGGCGUUCAUGCCCCGCACGGUCUGGGCCUCCUCGUGCCGAUCGUGGUUUAAGGGCGGCAAGGCAGACGGCCCGGUGGUGGCCCUGCAUCCCGGCAGUCGCAUCCACUUCUUCCACAUGCUCGAGCGGUUCAGAGGCGAGGAUUGGGAGUAUGUCUAUGACUCGGCGAGCCAGAAUAGAUUCCGCUAUCUUGGCAAUGGACUCUCGACCAAGGAGCUGGAUCCAACUGUCGACUCCACCUGGUACCUAGAGUCUCCGGCAGCCGCGUUAUAG